GGCUGGAAUUUGGAUGAAUAUGAGAUGCACAAAACUAGUUCUUAUAAACGACAAAAAAUCAAACUGUAGCAUUGUAGGGUCAAAAUGGUAAGUUCACAGAAUCCCAUAUCCACGACAUAGAAUCAAUGCUAUAAAUAAGUUGUUAAUACAGCAUGAUAGCACAAUAUAGCAGAGAACCAAACAUUAGGCCAAACAAACGAGUUUGUCUGAGAGGUGAAAAGUGUCCCGUGAUGGAGUUAGGAAUGAGAGAUUUUCUGAACAAGUGCGGUGGCGCCGCCGUGAUAGACGGUGGUUUUGCAACCGAGCUUGAACGCCAUGGAGUAGACCUCAACGAUCCUCUUUGGAGUGCCAAAUGCCUCUUCACUUCUCCUCAUCUCGUUCGAAGGGUUCACCUUGAUUACCUUUACGCAGGAGCAAACAUAAUAUUAACAUCAUCUUAUCAGGCUACAAUUCAAGGUUUUGAAGCUAAAGGGUUCUCCAAGGAAGAAGGUGAAACUCUCCUUAGAAGAAGUGUGGAGCUUGCAAUCGAGGCGCGCAAUAUUUAUAACGAUAGGGUCACGAAGGAUUCGAAUGAUUUCGUCAGAGAUGAAAGAUAUGGAAGAAGCCGUCCGAUUUUAAUUGCUGCUUCGGUUGGAAGCUAUGGCGCCUAUUUGGCCGAUGGCUCGGAAUAUACAGGGGACUAUGGCGAUUCCGUCACUGUGCAGACACUAAAAGAUUUUCACAGGGAAAGGGUAAAGAUUCUUGUUGGAGCAGGUGCUGAUUUAAUUGCUUUUGAAACAAUUCCAAGCAAGCUCGACGCACAGGCUUAUGUCGAACUUUUGGAGGAAGAAGGAAUAGAAACUCCCGCAUGGUUUUCAUUUUCUUGCAAGGAUGAAAAUAAUGUGGCUAGUGGCGAUUCUAUUUUAGACUGUGCUUCGAUUGCUGAUUCGUGUCGACAAGUUGUCGCGGUUGGAGUUAACUGUACUGCUCCUAGAUUUAUUCAUGGCUUGAUUUCUUCUAUCAAAAAGGUAACAAGUAAACCAAUACUUGUGUAUCCCAAUAGUGGAGAGACUUAUAAUCCUGAUACCAAUCAAUGGGUGGAAUCAAGUGUGGAAGCAGAGGACCACUUUGUGCCUUACAUAGGAAAGUGGCGUAAUGCUGGGGCUUCACUUUUUGGUGGCUGCUGCAGAACCAUUCCCAGAACAAUUAGAGGCAUAUCCGAUGCAAUACAUGAAAAACCUCAUGGAAAAUCAAUAUAAGUGUUGAUUGAUUUUGAAGUAUAUGUUUAUGUUAUGUGUGUAAUAAUGGAACAAAAAUUAUCACAAUAAUGUAAAAGGAAAUGGUUAGCUUUA